UACAGACACAUGAUCUAUUCUAUAAAUAACGUUACCAUAGAUAAAUUCCAGCUUGCGUGACAUAACAAAGACACAUCGCAUUCCAAACGACGAUGAAAUCCAGUCUACCCCAGCUGUUAGCAUUUUUUUCUCUUCUAUACACCGUCACACAGAACCCUUGCCAUAGCCUUUCCCAAAACCAACACAUACUGUUUACCGUGAAACCUAACACAAUCCAUGCAAAUGGACUGGCAUUGGGGAACAUCAAUCGGACAUCAGUCAUCUCGGCUUCCUCCCCCGUAAAUCGGACAUCACUCAUCUCGGUUUCCUCCCCCGUCAAUCGGACAUCACUCAUCUCGGUUUCCUCCCCCGUCAAUCGGACAUCUCUUAUCUCAGCUUCCUCCCCCGUCAAUCGAACAUCACUCAUCUCGGCUUCCUCCACCGUCAAUGCCUUAAAUGCAAUAGAAAUGACAUUGAAUACCACGGAUGUCAGCAUUGCAGCAACCACUCAUCAACCCAUUGCACAUGGCUUCCUGCUGGGGGCCGUGUCUAUGGAUAAGGCUCCGGAGUUCGUGCAUCCCGGGCAGGAAUCCGUUCCCUCGGAGCAUUCCGCGCUCAUUUCGAGGUGCAAACUUCUUUGUACCAGUGGACUUCCAUGCCCUCCUGAGUGCCUCGCCCACCCCAAUAUCUGGUCAGAUACCAUUGGCAAACGCUCGGAUCAACACAUAGGGAUUGUAUCAUUGUUGAAGAACUUCUCGGAUGACACAUACACAACUCGGCGAACGGACACUUUAAAAAUGACCGUAACAAAUGAAGACGCUCAGACACGGAAAACUAAAAAGAUUCCGUCAUUCAUCGAUAGAAAUCGUGUAACCAGUGAAAUGUGAACAAGCAGACAUUUUGACAGCCAUAAUUAAAAGGCAAUACAAC